GUAGUGACGUCACACGAAAACGUCACGGAUCAGGAAAGGCAGUAUUUUGACGGCAGGAGGAAAAACAUUACGCCUAUGUGUUUAUUUUACACUGGCAAAUAGCCAAAGCUCAUCGGUCAAGGCACAAGCACACUCUGGCAGACAUGUCAUACGGUAAAGCAGAGAGCUAUCACCCAGUCCCACGGGACUUCAACUCCCUCAUACAGACAUGCAGCGGCAACAUCCAGAAGAUCACACAGAAUACUGCUCAGAUCAAGAGUAUGGUGAACCAGCUGGGGACCAGACAGGAUACCAGUCAACUCCAGGAUCGACUGCAGCAGAUACAACACUCUACCAACCAGCUUGCAAAAGAAACCAACAAGCACCUGAAAGAACUGGGCUCAAUCCCUUUGCCCUCAUCACCCUCAGAGCAAAGGCAGCAGAAGAUCCAGAGGGACCGACUCAUGAAUGAUUUCUCAGCAGCUCUCAACAACUUCCAAGCAGUCCAGCGGCGUGCAGCGGAGAAGGAGAAGGAGUCAGUAGCCAGAGCAAGAGCUGGAUCCCGUCUAUCGGCUGAAGAUAGCUCUCGGGAUGAAAAGCUUGUUUCCUUCGAGAAUCAAGAGGACUGGGGUCAGAUGACCACCCAGACAGAAGAGGCUGCCAUCACAGAGGAGGACCUGGAGCUCAUCAAGGAGAGAGAAACCAACAUCAGACAGCUGGAGUCGGACAUCAUGGAUGUCAACCAGAUCUUCAAGGACCUGGCAGUGAUGAUCCAUGAUCAGGGAGAGAUGAUUGACAGCAUCGAGGCAAACGUGGAGAACGCUGAGGUUCACGUGGAACGAGGAACAGAGCAGCUCCAGAGAGCUGCCUACUACCAACAAAAGUCCCGGAAGAAGAUGUGUAUCCUCGCUAUGGUUUGUUCCAUCGUGCUUGUCAUACUCGGCAUCAUUAUCUGGCAAGCGGCUAAGUGAGUUCAUUCCACACAUGUAUUGUGCCACGACUAUAUUUUUGCUCUGCCCCCCUCCCACCUGCAAGUACCUGCUUGGAAAUCACAAGAAGAGCAAAUAGAGGCCGAUCACUUCACCAAGGUCAACGGGAGUGGAUCUGUGCAGAGGGAUGUCCGCUGUGAAAAAAACACUCAUCUGUACUGAUCAAGUCCGGUUUUGUAAAAUAGCUGAAAAAUAUCCUAUUUAAACUGAUAUGAAGGAGAGGAGAGAGGACUGAGGUGGUGUAGGGGAGUGAUUUAAGAUCCAAGAUUCCUUAAUUUGCUUCAUUCGUUUUUUGUCUUAUUUACUGCACUAACACUAGCCGUCACUGUAUUUCAAAUAUCAAAAUAUUAUUGGGAAUGAUUUCAGAACAGGCAAAAUGGAAAAAAAAGAAACAAGGCUUGUUAAAAAGGAAAUAAAUCUGUGGUUUUUAGGGGCUGUAAAUUAUUUUUUUGUUACCUGUUCUUGUGGAACCUUCUGAUGUAAAGUGUGUGGAGUGCCACAGUUUGAAGUUGUAGCUGUGUUGCUCAGGUGAGUGUUGUCAAACCAUCUGUGUGUAGUAGAUCUGAUCUGACACUACUGAGAGCUCUGCUGCAGCUCCUGGCCUUCACAGUAACUUGUACAUGGGACCUGGAUGACUCCUGAUGGUGAUGGCAGCCGUGAUUGUAAUAUAAAUGUUGUAAACUGAAAGCUCUAACAGAUUAAUAUUAUCAAUCAAAUCCAUGUUUGUAAAUAUUACAAAAGUGCUGCGUUAUAUUCUGCUGAUAACAUUAUGGAUCUCAAACAAAACAUUUUUAAUUGAUUUCUAUGACUCCUGUCAGUAUACGUAAUAAAUGUCUUAAACACUUCUGA